AUGCCGCGUGCCACCUCGCCGCACCUCGUCGGUGCCCCGGUGCCCGCUGCCAUCCCCGGAUCUCCCGCGCCUCUCCCUUGUGGGAUCGACCCGGCCACCUCUCCGCCCUGGUCGCCCGGCCACCUCUCCGCCGCCGCGGCUGCCUCGCCGGUGCCUCCUCCCCGAUGGUCUGCCUCCUCUCCGCCGGGUCGUCGCCGUCGUCCUCCCCAACCCCCACUGCCUAGACCCCACGACCCCGUGGUGAGGCCCCGGCAUCUCCUUCUCCCCUGCUCGCAACGGCACCCCGCGCCCGAUGCCGCCCCUGUCGGCGUGCUCCUCGACGACGCCCGCUCCUCGUCGUGCCCGGGGCGCGCCCCGCAACCGCCGCCCGCACGUGCCGCGGCCCCACGACGCUGCAGCUCGUCGCCCGCUCCUGCUCCUCUGUCCGCCGCGGCCCGCUGCUGCUUCGUCGCGUCCGCCGUUCCCCGCACGCACCAUAGCCCCCCCUUUUGCACGGUCCCGCGGUCGCAGCAGCCGCUCACCGUGCCUACCUCCGGCCGCCGGCGCCCGUUGCCGCACCGCCCUGCUCCGGCCCGUGGUGGCCGGCGCUCCCCUCCCCUGGUGGGCUCUGGUGUGCGGGCACCACUUCGCCCGCACCCGUUAGCCCACACCCACUAA